AAAAAUAUCUCAAGAUGUGUCGGUCUAAUCCAUCGCGUCCCUUUGUCGAUGCUUUUCUGCCGUUUUCGAUCUGCUGAGGGAAGCCAGAGAUCUGGAUAGCACGGUGGUCGACCUGAGGUGGCUAUGCUUCAAUAACCUCCAUCGUAAUAGAGCGUGUCAGAUUGCGUGAAUUGACGAAGGAACACAAUAACCCAAAUCAAUGAAGAUUCUGAGGCUUUUCCUGAAGAAAGGUGCGCAUAUGCUGCAGUGUCUCUGUGGAAAGAGAUCGAAGUCGACCACAACCACAAGCGAGCCGCAGCUGAAGGGCAUUGUGACGCGACUGUUCAGCGAGCAGGGCUUCUACCUGCAGAUGAAGCCGGACGGCACCAUAAAUGGGACCAAGGACGAGAACAGCGACUACACUCUGUUUAACCUCAUCCCGGUGGGGCUGCGGGUGGUAGCCAUCCAGGGGGUGAAGGCUGGCCUCUACGCAGCCAUGAACGGAGAGGGCUUCCUCUACACCUCAGACUUGUUCACGGUAGAGGCGAAAUUCAAGGAGUCUGUGUUUGAGAACUACUAUGUCAUCUACUCAUCAACACUGUACCGGCAGCAUGAAUCUGGCAGGGCCUGGUACAUGGGCCUCAACAAGGAUGGUGUGGUCAUGAAGGGCAACCGGGUGAAGAAGACCAAGCCCUCUUCACACUUUGUUCCCAGACCCAUCGAAGUUUGCAUGUACAAAGAGCCAUCGCUGCAUGACAUCGAGGAGAAGGGCCGCUCACGGAAAGACUCAGGGACUGAGGCUCCCGCUCUCCUAAACGGAGGAGAAAAAGUGGCGGGCCAGGACUCCACAGAGCAGGACGGUGGCUCAUAGCCUGCACAUCGCUCCAUUGAUUUCUUACACCUUGUUCAACGACAACAACAACGACGAUAAAUGAGAACACAACAAAAAAUAAAAAAUAAACAUAUUUUAAAAUCAGGACGUUGAAUUGACAUUUUAUGCAAAAGCCUGAUGCGAGUGUGGCACCAGGAAGCUCAUCUUCCUUAUCAUGACAAUGUCAAUGUUUCAAAGUCAAGCUCUAAAAUAAGCUUUAAACCAUGGUAGAUCACACAUCUUGAUUUUAUGAAAGCAACAGCACUUUCAUUUGCUUUCUUUGUGUUGUUAUAAUCAUGAAUAAGAAUUGUAUUGUAAUUGAUUUUGGGCUCUAUUCAAUCAGAUCGACUUUUGUCGGAAUACGCAUAGCGGUCGUCUUGGCAGUGUUGGAGAUGGAACUGCACUAGAGCUGUCAAAUCGACAUGCGGCUCCUGGCAUUAUACCUAAAGCAGACAUUGCCAUUAAGAGAAAUCCCAUGCAGCCUUGUUUACAAGUUCGAACACAGGAAUGUGAGAUUAGGCUGAUAGAAAUCCUCAUAAUUUCGUUUAAAGAUUUUAAAUUUCAGCGUCAUAUUUUCUCUAUAUCCUACACUUUCUCAUUCUGAACUCGGGUGUGGCUUCAUGACAAUGAUCAAGAGCAGCUGCUCACAGAUUUGACAGCUCCAACACAGUUACACCUCCGACCCUGCCAAAACAUCAGCUAUCGCCGGUUAACGCUUGAUCUGAUUGACUCUAGGCCUAAGACUCUUUCCCCCCUCCCUCCUAUCAUUAUUAUAAUUUUCCUUUUGGGUUGGAGGAGGGGAGUCAUGGUGGGGUAAAGGCAGGGGUUUGGCACGGGGAGGUUUGAGGGUCUCUUCUACAGACACUGCUUUCAUAGGGGAAUAGGCGUGUAUCACAAAUUCUGCUGUGUGAUUUGAUAUGAUGCUCUCAUUGGGAAUGGGAAGGGGAUGGGCCAGGGGUAUCACUGGGGUAGGGGGUUUAGCUACCUGUACAAAGGUAGGCUGGUCACAUGGUACAGUUUAGUAUUAUUGUUAUCUACUUGAGCUGUUAGUGCAGCCACUGUUCUCCUGCACUCACAGAGCAGUCACGCUGGUACAGAAGUUUCUGUGAGACAGACAGAUAUGUAGAGUUCCGAUACUGUACAGUAGUCAAGGAUUCAUAUAAUAUUUUUUACGCCUAGAAACAUUGUACAGUAUGAAACUCUGAAAGGAAGUCUUAUUAUUGGUGUGAUGCUUUUUUUAAAAUAAUUUGGUACACUAAUGAGCAUUUGAACAAAAGACCCAGAAAAAUAUUUGAAUGUGAGAGUUGUGAUGGACACUCUGGAAGGAUCCUGAGUGAGGGGACAGCUAGGGCUAACGAGAGAGGUCAAAGGUCAAACCCUGAUGUCAGAUGUCAUGAUACUUACUGCUGCCAUCAAAACCUGAGUUCCACGCCCAGUUAUACCUUCAGACAUCAUCCAGGAAUUCCUUCAUAGUUCAUUGGGACCUCCACUUAUUAUGGCUAUUUAUAUUUUAAAGUGCUCUACUAAAAGCACAGACUGCAUUCUCGACCAUCCAAAUCAUACAAUGUGUCAUUGUAUGAACCUCAGCAUUCCUGUGUGAUAAGUUGCACUACUGGGAAUCUGUUAUACACUGCCCUGAUUCAUUGUAGACUCUGGAUAUGCUGCUGGGAAUAUCUACACGCACUGCCCUAUAUCCUAUUGUCUUAUCUCUUUACUCAUAACAGUUCAACUCAUCAUAACUCACCACAGUCCACCAACACUGGAGGAGAGUUUUUAGAUAUGUUCAUAUUAGACUAUUAAGGAGUCAUGAGGUCUAUGAGGUUGUCUCUGAUUGGCUGCUGUGCUGAAGGAGGCCCGACCUGAAGGCGGGGUUCCCCCCUGAAUUUUCUUUAUGUAAAUUGGUGAUUUUGCAUUUCAUCGGUAUACUACUACUCCACUAAGGAAAAAAAAUAUCCAAUCACUCAAUACUGCCUCUGAGAAGUCUUCCAUUGGGGAAAAAUGACACCAGCACUAGGACUACUUGUGUUGGAGGGUUGGGGUUGGGCUCAUUGAGAUUAGGUCAGGUCCAUGGCAUGCAGGCAAUGGUAUGAGGGCAAAAAGAGCCCUGCCUCAAUAUGUACCAGUUUGUUUGGAUGUCUCAUAAAGGAGGUAGGCCCUUUGUCGAUCUCACCCUGACCAUGGAGGGUAAAACUGAAGGGUGAGAUUAAUGCCAUAUUUACGGUAAAUGGUCUUUGUGUUUGCUAAUGUUUGCUCCUAUAUUGAAACACAUUCAUAUGCAUCAUAUAAUAGAAAAACAUUGCAAAUAAAAAGCAGGAUGAACAAAUAUAAUAGAACAAUAAAAAAGAAUGGAACCAAA